AUGGGUGCUUUCAUUAGUUUGCGUGGGAUCUUCCAGUUACUUGGUCUUCCAGUACUGCUUCUUGUUACCAUUAUUAAAUAUUAUACUGUAGGGGUACGAUUCAGGAAAUUCAAAAACAAUUUAUGGGGCGCAUUGAAGCUUACAGUUUAUAGAACUGCCUUGUCACUUGACAUGCUUGAUACCAAGGUCAUUGCACUUGCUACCAAUAAUCAUAUUCUCAAGAGAGUCAUCGGUCGUAAAUAUAAUUAUAUUACCCGUAAUUUCCAUGGCUAUGGUACCAAAUAUGAUGAUCAUUCUUAUUGGAUUGUGAAACAACCAAAUAGGGAUCCUCUGGACCCUAUUUUAUACUAUUUCCAUGGUGGUGGAUACUUUUUACAAACUGCUCCGGAACAAUUAGAAUCCAUCAUUGGUAUGUAUAAACUACUUGAUCCUGAAGUUCAACGGAAAACGUCAGUAUUACUUCUUGAUUAUAAGUUGGUCAGUUUUGGUCAUACUUUCCCCACUCAAAUAAAUCAACUUCAUCAUUCUUAUCAAAAUUUGACGGUAAGAGAUAAAAAUACCAACAUUGCGUUCAUUGGAGAUUCAGCUGGUGGAAACCUUUCGAUCAUUUAUACACAAUAUUUGAAAAGUUUAGAAAGAUCCAAGGUUCUUAAAAAUCCUAUCUAUCCAAGAACUAUGGUUUUAAUCUCACCUUGGACAAAUCUUAAACCUGAAGUUAAACAAUUCAAUCCGGGCUACUCCUAUUUUGACAACGAUGAGUAUGAUAUGAUCAGGUAUAGGUACUUUACCACCCCUGCCUCCCUUCCAAAUUUAAUCGGUACUCAACCAUUAAGAAGUCUUUUGGUUUCUCCAAAUUCAAAGCUUCCACAUCUGGCUGACGAUUGGUCGGAUAUUCCAACGUUUGCAAACGAAAAUUCUAAUAUUUUUGUAAUUGCUGGAGAAGAUGAAGUAUUUAGAGAUGAUAUCUUAAAAUUUGCAGAGUAUGCACUUGAAUGUCCAUUUUAUAGUGAAAAUACCUACUGUGGUACUCUGAUGGACUUUAAUCCAAGAGUCCAUCAAUAUAUAAGACCAAAUCAACCAGGAAAGGCUGGUGUUGAGGUCUAUGUUGAGCCAUGGGGAGUUCAUGACUCUCUCUUCUUUGAAAACCAUUCACUUGCAAAGAUUAUGGCACUAGAAAAGAAGAAUAAAGUGGCCGAUUGUCGUUCAUGGAAUGAUACAGAAUUUUUUGCAACCAAAAAGAUUGUCAAAUUUUUGAACAGAUCUUUGAUUCAAUAA